AUGCCUAAGGAUUACACAUAUGCAGAGGUGUCGGAGCACAACAGUCCUGGGGACGCGCUGCUAGUGAUAGAGGGCAAGGUCUAUGACAUCUCAACCUUCGCCGAGGACCACCCUGGCGGCGAACCUAUCAUUCUGGACCAAGCAGGAUCGGAUGCAACAGAGGCAUUCAAAGAUGUCGGACACAGCGAUGACGCAAGGGCGAUUCUGCGUACUUUGCUAGUUGGAACCUUGAGGCGCACUGCCGGUGACUCAGGAGGUACUGCGACCGUUCAGAAGAUAAAGCCAGCCAAGACUACUUCCAGCUCCCUUCUUGGAGGACCCGCGAUCGGUUUCAUAAUACUGGCUGUGAUAGGCGUUCUGGUAGCACGAAAGUAUCUAGCAUAG